AUGGCACCUAGGAGGGCAGGAGGAGAUCUGAAUGCUAGUAGCAGUAGAGCACCUAUGGAAGGUCGACAACGACUGAGGGGAGAGGGUGGAUCCUUGGGAGCAGUUGGUGGAGAUGCAGAUGGCAACAAGGGAGGAGAUGCUACAGUAGAUGUAGAGAUGGGUGAGGCAGCAGAACUUGCAUAUAGUGCAACAGUGCCAACAAAUAGACAAGUGGUGCCAUAUUCCCAGUACAUGACUCAAUCUAAGGGAGCACAGGCACCCAGCCAGGUUCAUCCUCAGCAGGCACCUCCUGCACCACCAGAUUCGGGUGGCCAAGUAUUUAAAGAGGUUUCUGUCCCUUCAGAAAUCGCUCAUUGUGAAGGCAGAAUCCAAGACAUUGCAUUUGCAUUAGAGAGAAAGAGAGAGAGAGAAAGGAGAAUGAAAGUGUUUAGAGGCGAAGGUGUUUUGAUCAAACCCUCUGAGGGUAAAGAUCAUCGUGAGCUUGUUGAACUGAGUAAUUUGGAUCUAGUUGCAUACCCAAUGUACAACAAGGUGGUCUAUGUUUUUGAAGCUCCCACCCCGAGCUCAGAAAUGUUGAAGGAAGGACUGGCCAAAGUUCUGGCAGAGUUCAGAGAAUGGGCAGGGAGAUACACGAAAGAAACACCAAAUGGGUGCCUUGGAAUCAAUCUGAAUGACGAGGGUGUGCUUGUGAUAGAAGGUAAAGCAGAUGGGACAAUAGCAGAUGCAAUGCCCUUCCAUCCCUCUUCAUUCCUCCUAGAGUUGGUGCCACCCACAUCCACCAUGGUCGAUGAGCUCUUACUCAUGCAGUUUACUCGAUUUGCUUGUGGAGGGUUGGUGAUAGGCUUAGCUAGUCACCAUCAUGUUGCAGAUGGACAAGCAACUACUCUUUUCAUGAAUUCAUGGGGAAAAGUUGUUAGAGGAGAGAUAAUUCUACCUCCAGUACAUGAUCGGUCUCUGCUAAAAGCAAGAGAUCCUCCUCAACCAUGUUUUGAUCAUUAUGAAUAUAGUAAUAUAACUCAUGGGCAUUGUUCGAUAGAUUCCAAUCUAACUAUAAAAAAGCUUCAUUUUGAUGCAAUAUUUUUACAGGAGCUCAAGUUAAAGGUAAAAGGAGGAUCCAACAACGCAAGAAAAUAUUAUACUACUUUUGAAGUCAUUGUUGCCCAUAUGUGGAAAUGUAUUACAAAAGCUCGAGGCCUUGAUGGGGUUAUAAAAACAAAAGCUAGCAUUUCAGUUGAUGGUAGAAAAAGGGUCAAUCCUUCCUUGCCUAAGGAAUACUUUGGUAAUGUUGUUUAUGAUUCAAGUGCUCAAUCCAUUGCAUCAGAAAUAAUAAAUAGGCCUUUAGACAUUAUUGCAGAGUUGAUCCACAUGGCAAUUACUAAGGUGGAUGAUAGUUUUAUACAUUCAGCAAUUGACUUUUUGGAGCUAAGAAAGCAAAGUUUAGGGCCGGCAAGAGUUAAUGAUGCAUUUGAUGUGAUACCAGUAAGCUGGAUGAAAUUUCCUAUAAAUAGUUUUCAUUUUGGAAUGGGCCAGCCUUUGUAUGUAGGCCCUUCAUUGAUGCUCGUUGAAGGUCUUAUAAUCCUAUUUGAUUCAUACGCUAAUGUUGGAGGUGUCGACGUUGUGGUUUGCUUGUCAAGAGCACAUAUGACUGAACUUGAACAUUAUUGUUUUCAUGUUUGA